CGUAUGUAUUCUACUCACAUCUGGUUUAAAAAUGAAAGACGUAACAUGUAAAAGGCUUUGCUUACCAAAAAUCAAAGAUCUGUACGAUGUAAUUUCUCCAGUUUUUGUUGUUUCCAAAAUUUUAGGCUUAGCUCCAUUUCGAUUUGAUAACUCUACACGUCGUUACAUUCCACAUUGUGGAUCUUUUAUUGGUAUACGAUUUGGCAUGGUGAUCGGGUUGAUGGUGUACGUUGCUGUUUUAGUAUACGAUCCGAAUUCGUCCAUUAAUAUUGGAUGGUUGGCUUUACAUUUUGAAAUAUACUUGGGUACAAUGAUCACGGGUAUCAUACUGAUUUUGGCUGUGGCAAACCAAAAGUUAUUAAUCCCAGCUAUCGAGAGCCUUAUCUCGAUCGAUAAGGCAAUGAAGCAAAUUGGAAUAAAUGUCACUUACAAGAAUGCUCAGAAAUUUGCGUAUUCCCAAAUUAGUUUCAUAUGCUGCAUAUUUUCAUCUAAGUUAAUUUUACAAGCAUUUGCUACCCCAAAGAAUAAAUUUGUGUACAACGUUUUCAAUGUUGUAGAUUUUAUGAACACAAUAAUGAUGUUUCAGUAUGUGGAUAUAUUACUAUUACUACGCCAGAGGUACAUUUGGUUAAAUAGAAAAAUUCGUUCUUUGUCACAAGCAAGUUAUGGACAGUAUCACUGUUUAGUUGUUCCCAAGCAAUGUUUCGCACAGGAAAACGUCCAGUAUAUUCCGACGAAGAAAUUGAUACGUUGCAUCGGAAAACUUCACCGUGAUCUAUACAGGACGGCAAAAAUUAUUAAUCGUACAUACGGCGUACAAAUUUUAGUAACGAUCAGUGCAAGAUUUGUUAUGAUCACAACACAAUUAAUCAAUCUGUAUAAGACUAUUCAAGAUCCAAAUCAAGGCAGUGUUAACACGUAUGGAUUAUUAGGCGUAUACUUAUUUUUGCACUGUUCAAAAGUAUUUAUGCUUUGUAGUAUUGGAGAAAACACUGCUAGCAAGGCAAGAGACACAGGUGUCUACCUGCAUACAUUGUGGGAUCCUGACGACGCCAUAAAAGAGGAGGUCAACUUUAUGUCGUUGCAAAUUUUGCACCAGAAUUUACAUUUCACUGCUGCUGGGUUCUUUACUCUCGAUUAUACUUUAAUUCACUCGAUUGUGGGAGCAGUGACUACGUACAUGAUUAUUAUUAUUCAAUUUGAUGUUAACACAAAAAACUAAUUGACCAGCAAGUUAUGACGCGCAUUGAAGAGACAGUUUAUAUAGGUACUUGCAGUAGAUAUAAUAGGUACCAAUCAUGUUUCUUUUUAUCUGUAACUCGCACUGGAAUUGAGAUUGUGAUUAAAAUUACAGAUUCCUGCAUUAAAUUUCGACUUCAAAAUAGCACCUUGAUAUCAUUUUUAGAAAUUGAAAUAUUUGGGUUUGCAGUUAUUGUUUUAGGGUCAAUCCAUUUGAAAUCACCCACCAUGUGAUCGCCAUUUGAAAAAAUUUUAUAAGCCAUGGUUUUUUGAGGUAGCCAUUUCUAAAAUGAACUGAAUUGGUAGGUAUAUAAGUGGAUGUUGGACAGCUAUGACUUGUUCAUUUAAUUUAAAAAGCAAUACGUUCACUGAAUUAAUAAAUCAUUAUUCAUUAUACAAUUAUGUUACAUCUAAAGCGCAAUUUAAAUUUUGGUAUGUACAUUCAUGUGCUUUUUAAGGUAGGACUUUUCUAAAAAUCCCUUACUACAAAUAUUGCAUAUAUGACAUCGAUCACCUUUAUGAAUUCUCUCGUGCACCUGUAAAUUGUAUAAGUUAUUAAACGCUUUUGCGCACACGCUGCACACAAAAGGUUUUAAUCCUGAAUGCACAAGCAGAUGUUGACGAAGUUGUGGUUUACCCACGAACCUUUUAUUGCACUGAUUGCAUUGGAAAGGCUUCUCUCCAUUAUGUCGCAUCAUGUGAUUGUAAAUGUUAGAAACGUAAUUCCCGCAAACCGAGCACAGUACUUUGGCACCUUUUAAUUUGUGAAUAUUUCUAUUGUGAUUAUAUAAUCCACUUGAAUGCUUGAACACUUUACUGCAUACCUGAAAAGUACCAUUUUAAUGUAAGCACACCUUAUAGUCGCACUUACCUUGCACGGGUAUCGAAUAUUUGCACUUUGUUCGACAGGGACACACAUGUGCUCUUGUAAACUUGCACGAUCUCGAAAUGACUUAAGACAAUGGUUACAUUUACAAACCUUAUAUUUAACGGAAUAGGUAACAUUCUCCGUGUGCAUUAUUUUGUGACGAUUCAGAUGUUCAGGGUUAGAAAAACGUUUUAGACAGAAGCUGCACUCGUGUGGCAAUUCCUGAUUUGUGUUGUGAGUCAGCAUAUGGCACUCGUAGUUCUUUUGAAUCACAAAUCCCUUACCGCACUGUUCACAUUUAAACGGGCACUCUUUUAAAUGUUUCACCCUGUGAGUGUUUAGGUGAUUUAGUUUCUUAAACACACGUUGGCACUGGUCACAUUUAAAUUCAGUUUGAUUUCGAUGCAAUUGUAGGUGUAUACGAAGUUGACUAGCGUUACAUUGGAACUGGCAUGCAACACAUUUAUGUACUUUGUCUUUAAGACUGUGGAGCCCUACUGUGACGUUAUUCGGGUUAAAUUUUCUGUAAAAUUGGACUGUGGGCAAAAUUCUAUACUUUGCAGGAAUAUUAAGAUACUUUCUUAAAGCUUUGUGAGUGUGUGCGUGCUGUCUCAAGUCUAAUGCGCUAAAUUCUUUGGUGCAUAUGGGGCACGGAUGCAGAGAAUGAUCACUUGAGCUCUUUUCGUCCUCGCCCUCUCCAAAUUCAGUCUUUGGUUUACGUCCACGUUUUUUGCACACUCUUGAGUUUGUGCGUUUAUGAAUUUGUUGUUUACUCGUUUGUCUUUUACCGUACUGCUCAUUUUGGGUUUUUGUAAUGGCGUCGAUAUAGUUUUCGGUUACAUUUGUCUCGUAAGUCAGUUCAGCAGUAUUUGGUACAUAAUCAAAUACAGAGUCAGUGUGAACUUCUUGUUUUACAUGGCAGGCUGUCAGAUAUUGUUGUAAUAUGGAAUUGGAAUGCUGGAAUUGUAUUUGGAACUUAUAGGCGCCAAGAAUAAGCAGAACACAAUUUGAACAAAGCAGCGUGGGAAAGCCUUCCGAUACUGAUAUCUACAACAUAAUGGUUAACGCUUCUAUGCGAAAAGAUUGAAACGCUAUAUUACAGGGCUUCAUUUUCUUCAAGAGUACUGAAGAUAGAUCUCAUACUAGCACUCUCCGUUAAACAAAUUCUACAAACUCUACUUAUGUUUAUAAAUAAAAUGCUAUUAAAAGCAGACAUCGCUUCUGUUUGAAUUAUUUACAUUUAACAAGAAAACGUUAUUUAGCAUGUCAUAAAUAUGUUAACCUACAAAUUAUUUCUGAAAUCACUUGAACUACUAUUGGAGUACAAUAAAACUAAUUGCCAUAUUUUGAGUUCUUUGAACUAUUCCCUUCCGACCAUCUUUGACAAGAGAAAUAAUAAUAAAUAGGUUAGAAAUAAAAUACACGAGUUACGCAUAGACAUAUGAUUUUACGUGAACGAAAUUAAUAAAUACGUUACUGAGGCAUAUUCCUAAUAAA